AUGGAACGACUACUGUGGUGGUUAUUGCUGGUGCACUUUUGGAUGCUGCUCAGUCUUUGCUCGAAAAGGAUUCUUUUAUACAUUCUUCGUUUAGGAAUUCAUCCCACUACCAUUUCUGAGUCGUUCCAAGCUGCUGCCGAACAAGCCGUUAAAGUAUUGGAAGGAAUGAGUUCUCCCGUUGAUCUCAGCAACGAAGAGCUGCUAGUAAAAAUGGCCACGACUUCGCUGAACUCCAAGGUUGUCUCUCAGCAUUCAUGGCUACUAGCGCCAAUGGCAGUGAAUGCCGUGAAGCGUAUCAUCGACCCCACUCGCGACACUUCUGUGAAUUUGAAAAUGAUCAAGAUAAUUAAGAAGAUGGGGGAUACCGUGGAGGUGACUACUGCAUGUUUCGAUUAUAUCUUAAGGAAGAUUUGGAGCAAUAAUCGUAGGCGCACUCGCGUGGAAAAAGCUAAAAUUGGCCUUAUUCAAUUUCAACUUAGCCCACCUAAAACAGAUAUGGAAAACCAGGUAAUAAUCUCCGAUUAUACGCAAAUGGAUCGUGCUCUCAAGGAAGAACGCCAGGACGCUGUUAAUGAACUGUCACUACAUUUCCUCGCUAAAAUGAAAAUCAUGGUGAUAAAGGAUAUUGAGCGUGAGGACAUCGAGUUCUACUCGAAGAUUCUCGGAUGCCGCCCUGUCGCAUCUGUGGAUCACUUCGUACCCGAGGCACUCGGAAGUGCAGAUCUCGUUGAGGAGAUCUCCUGUGGAGGCGAUGGAAAGGUUAUCAAGGUCACGGGCGUAGCAAAUCCGGGGCAGGCUUGCUCCAUUCUGCUGCGUGGUUCCAACAAGUUAGUCCUUGAAGAGGCCGAACGCUCUCUCCAUGAUGCGCUCUGUGUCAUUCGUUGCCUAGUCAAGAAAAGGGCGCUUCUUCCAGGAGGUGCUCCAGAAAUGGAAGUGGCAAUUCGACUGCGCCAAUUAGCUCAAAAACAACAUGGGGCUCAACAGUAUUGCUGGCGAGCAUUCGCGGAUGCUUUGGAGUUGGUGCCAUAUACACUCGCGGAGAAUGCUGGUCUCUCUCCCAUUCAUACUGUUACCGAAUUGCGUGCACAGCACGCCAAUGGAAAUUCUGAUUACGGUGUCAACGUUCGGAAGGUAGGUUCAAUUUAG